AAUAAAAUUUGAAGUAAAAGAAUGGAAGAGGAAGGUCCACCUCAGCCGGCGGAAACCGAGAUGUCCGAGGCAGCUCCACCGCCGCAACAACCUGACCAACAAUACCACCAGAAAAAUCGACUGCAGAUGCCUUACGUUAUUGAAAUUCCGGCCAAUGCUACCUAUGGCGGCAGGUUUAUUCAGUAUAACAUCUCUGGCAACAUCUUUCAGGUCACUGCUAAAUAUAAAGCCCCUAUCGUGCCUAUCGGUAAACGCGACCACAGAAUCUUUUGUUCUGCGUUUAAUUCCGAGGCAAAUGAAACCGUGGCAUUAAAGAAGAUACCGAAUGCGUUUGAUAACGGAUUUGAUGCAAGGAGAACUCUUCGUGAGAUCAAGCUGCUUCGCCACUUGGGCCAUGAAAACGUUGUUGCAAUCAGGGAUAUAAUCCUACCACCCCAGUGGGAAUGCUUUAAUGAUGUUUACAUUGUAUAUGAGCUGAUGGAUACUAACCUGCGUCAUAUGCUCCGUUCUAAUCGGGAAUUUACAGAAGAGCAUUAUCAGUAUUUCCUCUAUCAAAUCUUACGUGGCCUGAAGUAUAUACACUCUGCAAAUGUUCUGCACAGGGACUUGAAACCCAGCAACCUUCUACUGAAAGAUAAUUGUGACUUGAAAAUAUGUGAUUUUGGAGUGGCUUGUCUCACCUCUGAAACUUAUUUUCAGACAGAAUAUGUUGCUGCUGGAUCGUACAGUUCACCUGAAAUUUUGCUAAAUUCUUCACAUUCUACUGCUGCCAUUGAUAUAUGGUCAGUGGGUUGCAUUGUCAUGGAAUUGAUGAUUCGGAAGCCAUUAUUUCCUGAAAGGGAUCCUUUGCAUCAGCUGCAAUUGCUUUUGGAGCUAAUUGGCACUCCAUCAGAAGCUGAAAUGGAUUUUUUGAAUGAAAUUGUUAAGAGAUACAUUCGGAAAUUUCCUUUUUAUCCCCGUCAAUCUUUCGCCGAAAAAUUCCCCAAAGUCCAUUCUUUAGCUAUUGAUCUUGUUGAAAAGAUGUUGAGAUUUGAUCCCAGACAAAGGAUUACUGUUGAAGAAGCCCUUGCUCACCCCUAUCUAACAACCCUGCACGACAUAAGCGAUGAGCCUGUUUGUAUGAUCCCCUUUAACUACGACUUCGACUUCGAUCUGCGUGCAUUAACACGGGAGCAAAUGAAGGAGCUGAUAUACCAGGAGGCACUUGCAUUCAACCCAGAAUUUCACCAGCAGUAAACAGUCAUUUACUUGAUAUGCCAUUUAUUUACAGUGGCUUUGAACCAGUGUUGUAAAAUGCUUGUAUUUGUAGGGAUCGGUGAUUGAUUUUUUCC